UCGUGCGAGUUCGGGUUGGAUAGUGAAAAAACCAUGCCCACCCAUUACCCUCAAUAUUCGGGUUCGGGUUUUACCCGUACCCACAAAAAAUCCAUCGGAUUCAAGUUUUAUCCUACUCGAUUAGGUCGAAUUCGGGUGGAUAUCCACGGUUACGAAUAUUUUUGUCAUCGCUAGUUUAGUUCCGUUAAUCGAAUGAGUAUUACUGCAUUAGCUCUUAAAAUAAGUUGGAGUGACUAAAUUCUCAAAUUGGGCUCGUAAUCAAAUGGACUAGGGUCCGUCUAACUGGAACUUAAUUUUGGGCCUUUUCCCAGUGGUCCAAGCCAGGGAAUUAGUUAGCUAGCAGUUAGGGAUGGCAAUCAAACCCAUGGCCGCGGGUACCCGACUGCCCCCGACCCAGUCAACGCGGGGAAUCCCCGCUUUGACCGGGUAUGGGGCGGGUAUGGGUAAAACCCGCAAAAAGUUUGAUGGGUAUGGGGCGGGUAUGGUUUUAGCCUCCCCCGCCCCAUACCCAUACCCGCCCCACCAAGAGAAUUUCUUCACAUAUCAAAAAAUAUGUGGAUUAAAUUGUAAUCUAUCAAUGAUGAUGAUGAUAACUCGAGAAAAUAAAUAGUAGAAAUGCAAUUGAGUAACCACCUUAAACAAAACCUAAUUCAUUUCCCUCAAUUCUCCUUCCACUCUUUCACUUUCCCCUUUGUCAACAAGAUUAUGUUAGUUAAUUAUUACUUAGUAAAUGUAUCAAGAGUUAGAGCAUAAUAAUUUAAAAAUAUUAUAGUCCAUAUUAUGUAUUAAUGGAUGUUGUAGGAUCAUAUUCUUUGAAUCGUAUUUAGAAAAUAACCGUGUUUUGUUGACUUCAUGAUAUAUAGGUUUAUUUAUGGUUAUAAUUAAAACUUUUCUUGUAAGUUUUAGGUAUAAUAAUGUUGGAUGUACGGGGAUGGGUAUUACUCAUGGGUACCCGAAACCCACGGGUAUGGGGAUGGGUUUCCAAAACAUUCCCCCGCAUGGAUAUGGGGCGGGUAUGAGUUUGGGUGUUUGAAGAUGGGGAUGGGGAUGGUUUAGGCAAACCCGCCCCAAACCCGCUUGCCAUCCCUACUGGCAGCGGCUGGUCAGCCGGCACGAGACGACAGGUACAAGAACUUUUAACUAACCCCCAUCAAAAGGAGAAAUUCGUUCCUUUCAAUUCAACCAGCAGGGAAGGCGAGAAUGGCGACGGCGGACGAAGGGAUCAGAGAAGUCGAAGAGACGAGCACGGAGACGACACCGCUAAUCGAACCGGACAGCAACCCGAAAUCCGCAGGGGCGCCGGUGCCGGAGGUGGAGAUUCAUCUUUAUCGGAAGGGCAAGGGCCCGAUUGAAGUUUUCAAGAUGAAAUUGGGAGGGUGGGAGCAGGAUCAGCUGGAGAUCCGAGACAUCCUCGAUAAGUAUGGGUUCAAGUGCGUUUACGCUUUCAAUCACGGGUCCAUGACCCGGGGCACCCCGAUCCGAUUCAACCGGAAGAACGGCAGGUCCAUGCUUGGUUAUAAAGAUGGAGCCGUGAUUUACAUCGACGGCGAGCCUCAGGAUUCGAUGAUAAAACCGGUGACCAAGAUCCUGUUAGGGGUAGCAGUAACAACCGUAUUAAUAACCUUGGUGGUGAAAGAACCUCCUCAGUGGAUCAAGAAUUCCAGGUUCUUUGAGGGUAACUUUAAUCCAUGGCUCCUUGCUUUGGCAGUAAUUGUAUUCACACGAAUUAGGAAGAGAACCAAAGACUUUUUAGCGAAGCCCAGCAAUUGAAAAUACCCAUCUGCUAUGGAACAUGGACUUUAUCAGACUACUUGUGCAACACGAAGUCUGACAAAGAAGUUCCGGGCUUUGUGCUAUGAUCAGUUGCUGCUGAUGAAGGCUGCAUUACAAAGGGCAUUGAAGAAGAGAAGGGUGGUUCCAUCUGGUUAGAUGCUGUUACCUCGAUAGCACCUUCCGAGGUUAGGCUUUGAAGUAUGUUUAAGUUUUAAGGCUUUGUUUAUGGGCCAGUAUACUGUUUCAGCUGUGAUGUUCCUGGUAGAAGCAAUGUUUUCUCCGUUUAUGGAUGUGACUAUUACUGGAGAGAAGGAUGUGACACUUGCGGUAGUAACAGAGAGUAAUGACCUACAAAUUUAUGUUGAUUAUACCAUCUAGUGGACUAAGUGAUGGCAAUUUCAACCCGCCCCGCGGGUAUUACCCGACCUGACCCGUGAUGGGGCGGGUAUUACCCGACCCGCAGUAGCGUGGGGCGGGGCAUGGGUGUCUACUUCCGACCAGCCAUGCCCCGCCCCGCCCCGUUUUAGACUCAUUUAUCUCAAUUUCUUACAAUAUCUAUAUAUAUUUCUCCUAUUUUGAUUUUUCUUCAACUAGUUAGAGUCGAUCUUCCAACUUGUUAGGCUCAAUUAUCCAUUCUAUUAUCAAUAUUUUUCAUUCUUAAAGUGUUUUUCCCUACGUUUUAUUGUAAAAAGUAAAAUUUACUUGUAUGGGUUUUACCCGCCCCAACCCGUAGUGGCAUGGGGCGGGGCAUGAGAAUUGAGGUACCCGCCCCGCCCUAUUGCCAUCACUAAGUGGACUAUUGAUCUAUUGCUUCUGCUUUAAAGUUUAAACUACAUAACGAUGCUCCUCGUUUUUCCCAUACGUUUAAGCAUCUAGUUAGGUUCUCAUUACAGAUCUCACCUCCCUGUUUACCUUUGUUCAAAUUAGCAUAACUAAAGCAGAUUUAUGAGAGAAGUUGGGAUGAUCCAAUUCAAUCACUUUCUCAUCGGGAUCUGAUCGUGUUGGGGCAUGGAAGAUAUAUCUCUGGAUGAUGCUAAGGAUGGGUUGAAGAAUAAGUGGGUGAGGUGAAGGUAAGGGAAGAGCUAAGUGUAGAUUUGAGCUUUAUUGAUGUGAUAAAAAUGGAGGGUUACUAUUUGCCGCCCGGGUAAUUACUAUUUGUCGCCCGUAAAAAACACUAAAAAGAUAAAUUUGCCCUCCAAAUUUUUCUUUAUAUUCUAUUCGUUGAAAUGGUUUCUUAAAGAACAUACACACCACCCGAGUCCCGACCACCAACCCCCCACAAACACCAUAGCCAUAUUCACGGCCACCGGACGGCAGCCUAAGUCGCCGGCCACCGGACCAAUCUCGUCAGCAUAAUUCGCCGGGCACUGGACGGCAGCCGUACCCCAUCGUCGGACCAGCGAAGCAGGUAAACCCCACUGACCUCCUGGAUUUUUUUCCCGUCCGCUCGCCGAAGGCGAACCCCGUCCGACACCGGCGAGCGGACGGGGUCACGCCGGCGAGCGGACGGCGCCCGUCGCCGGCGAGCAGAUGCAUAUAGCCGGCAGUGUUUUUUUUUUAAUUGAGACAGGUUAUUAUUUCUAGAGCUAAUAAUUUAUAUUUAAUUUAUUUCUUUUAUUUCUAUUUUACAUAAUUAAAUUCGUAGUUCGUUAUUUUGUAGAGUUAAUUAAAUUAUUGCAUUUAGUUUAAUUUUGUAGAGUCAAUUGAAGCACAAUUAGUUUAAUUAAGCGAUUGUGUUUUGUUGUAGCGCUAUUUAGUUUAUUGUGUUUAGAUUUAAUUCGUAGAGCUAAAGAAGUUUAAUAAUUUAUAUUUAAAUAA